AUGACCCCCGCGCAGGACCCCUUCUACAUCGUCAAGGACGAGAUCCAGGAUUCCGUGAUACAUUUCGCUAUUCACGAAUCUGAGAUGUUAUGCUCUAGCCAUGAUCUGCGAUUCUUCUGGCUCCUGCGAGGUCCGAUUGACAAAGUACAAGAUACUUUUAAUCAAUGGAAGCAAGCACCUGAAAAUACAGGAGAGUAUGUGCAUCUUACCAGAGAACUGCUAACCACCUGUGAGAGCGUCCAAUGGCAGGUGGAUGAGUUAGAGAAGGCAAUUUCUGUUGCUGAGAGAGAUCCAGCUUACUAUGGACUAAACGAGGUUGAAAUUGGGAAACGGAGGAACUGGACUAGCACCGCCCGCAACCAGGUGGUAUCAAUACGGAGGAAUGUUGAAGCUGGAAAGCACAAGACUGCCUUUGGACGUUCGGUCAAUCCUUCCGAACUAGGCAGAUCCAAGCAGCACAUUUCUCAGGAUAACGAUGACUUCAUUGCUUCAGAAUCUGAUCAACAGAUGCUCCUGAUGAAGCGUCAGGAUGAUGAGUUGGAUGCGCUUAGUGCUAGUGUCCAGCGAAUUGGAGGUGUAGGUCUCACAAUACACGAAGAGCUUGUUGGACAGGAAAAACUUCUAGGUGAACUAAGCCUCGACAUGGAAACUACCUCCAACCGGCUCGAUUUUGUGCAGAAAAGAGUGGCUAUGGUUCUGAAGAAGGCCAGCUUGAAAGGGCAGAUCAUGAUGAUAGCUUUCUUGGUGGUUCUUUUCAUCAUCCUUUUCGUUUUGGUAUUCUUGACUUGA